GCCGGGCAGAGUGGGUUUCCCUUCCGGAGUAAUCCCCGUCCCCCCGCCCGCCCGGUUCGCUUCCGGCUCCGUCCGGGGGGCCCGUUCCUGGCGCCGCUGCCGAGGCGAGCGCGGGGUCCAUGGAGCCGCGGCUGUGAGGCGCCCCCGGCCCGGGCCCGCUGCGGGAGCCGGGCGGAGGCCGGAGCCGGGAGCCGCCGGAGCCGGAGGAGAUGGACAAACUGACCAUCAUCUCAGGAUGCCUCUUCCUGGCCGCCGACAUCUUCGCCAUCGCCAGCCUGGCGAACCCGGACUGGAUCAACACCGGCGAGUCCGCGGGUGCUCUCACAGUUGGCCUUGUGCGACAGUGUCAAACCAUCCAUGGACGUGACAGGACCUGUAUACCUCCACGGCUGCCUCCUGAGUGGGUCACUACGUUAUUUUUCAUCAUUAUGGGAAUCAUUUCACUAACUGUCACAUGUGGUUUGCUGGUGGCUUCCCACUGGCGAAGAGAAGCUACUAAAUAUGCCCGCUGGAUAGCUUUCACUGGAAUGAUUCUAUUCUGUAUGGCAGCCCUAAUAUUUCCAAUAGGAUUUUACAUCAAUGAAGUUGGAGGUCAACCAUAUAAAUUACCCAAUAACACAGUGGUUGGGUCUUCAUAUGUACUGUUUGUCUUAUCCAUUUUCUUUACAAUAGUGGGACUUCUAUUUGCUGGCAAAGUUUGUUUACCUGGCUGAUGAAUGUCUGAACUGCAAGACUUUAUUUUGGAAAAGAGCAAGACAUCAUAAUUGCAUUCUCAGGAGGAUGCCUAGAUCAGACUGUCAAACACUUACUGAAAAGAGGAAUGCUUUGACUUGUUCUCACUAUGCACUUUGGAUGAAAAAAGGAGAGCCUUUCCCAUAACCAAAUACAGACAACGCUGACUGAUCUCCUGAGCAUAUUUAAUGCAGUCAGGUCUGCACUGUGAUAGGAACUAGUGAAGAAUGCUUUACACUGAGAAGCAUAAUGCCCCACAUUACUGUACUGUUCCUGUUUUUAACGUCUAAUGAUUUGGAAGUCAAAGUAUUUAUGAACUUUGUGGUAGACCAGAGGGUUGCAGAGGAAUUCAAGUGAGGCUGGCCUCACUGUUUAGGAGAUUAGUAUUUUACAUCUUCCUUCUGAUGAGCAAAGCCUUUGGCACCAAUGUGGAUCAAUCUUGCAUUACUGCACCAAGAAGCCAAUAGAUCAAAACACGUUCUCUAAAUGUAUGUAACAGCAAGAAGACAUACAUCCCCUCCUCCCCCAUAAGCUCUAGAAAAACACUAAGGAACAUUGUAGAGGAGGAUUUCUUCCUUAUAUUUAUAUAAAUAUAUAUAUAAAUAUAUAUAUAUUUUGCUGAUGCAGUAUACAGUGUGUGUGUAUGUGUAUGUGUGUGUAUAUACACAUAUAUGUAUAUAUAUGUAUAUACACACAAAUGGUUCCUGGAAAAGAACUCAGAAUGCUUUGCUAGCAAAACACUGUGGUGUGCAAAACUAGAACUCAAUAGAAAAAAGCCAUUUCUCUGAAGGCCACAUAGCUGAGAGUCUUCAGUUUACCUCAUUCUUUGUAGCAGCCCUUGAUUUUAACAGGUUUUGUAAUAGGUACAAAUGAUCCCAUGCCUUUCUAGGUGCAAUUUUAAGUUAAGCUAAAAUUCUUUUUAUGGUAAUUUAUUUGUAUAUGAGGGUAGAAAGUGAGAUCAUGUCAUACCUUAAAAUCCUAGUUUUGGGAAACUGACACUAUUUAAAUUAUUAGCAACUGUUGUACAGAAAGUCUCUUUUUCUACUGCACUGUUACAUUAGCAUUCAUACAUGUUCAAGCACAGCAUUUUACCAUUGAUAAGCAAUUCUCUAGCACAUGUAAAAUACAAUGUUUAAAGUAAUGUACACACUAUUCCACUGCAAAGAUGGAUGAACUUAUUUUCGUUUGAGUAUUAAUUCAUCUUUAUCAAAAAAAGAGCAAUAUAAUUGUUUAAAUAAUACAUGCAUUGUUUACUAAAGUUGAUAUUUUAAAUGUGGAUUUAAGGGUCACCCAAGUUGGAGUAAAUAUUUCUCACUAAAGGUAGUUUUAUUUUUCAACAAAAGGAUAAACCUUUGAAUCCACAGACAUCAUAAUUCACUAUUCAAGCUAACCUUGCAGAACAUACAGUUUAGUGUCCCAGGAAAGCUGCCUGCACUAUCAGUAUUUAUUUUCCAGUUAAUACGUGGUUUACCUGAGAUUCAGGUUAAAAAAAAAAAAAAAAAAAAGUGUGUUUCAAGUGCUGUUUCAUUGAGCUUAUUAAAGACUGUGUUGCUAAACAGACAUUUUUCUAAAAUGUUGGUGAAAGUGUAUUUUAGAAUGAGGUGGUUGUUAAAAUAUAAUCAUCAGUUUCCAAAAUAAUCACUUACCACGUAAGCUUAAGUGUUUGAAAAUAAGACGAUUUGCACAAUUCUUUUAAACUCUGUGCCAUUCAGACCCCAGCAGGCUCCUGUCCUCCCCCUCACCAAGGUAUUUUAAUACUAAGAGGUUAUUUGCUGAAUUAAGUAUUUUUUCUUUUGACGUUUUUGAACAAACUUGACUGGACUGGUCUGUAAGUGAUGGGUUUUUUUCCAGUCAGCUCACUCACAGGUAAAAGGGAGUGUUUAUAGAACACUAAAUUUUUCUGAAGUAUACUAAUCUGUAAACACACCUAAGCACCUACUUGGAAGUAAUGAUUUAAAUAUGAUUUGGUUCUUAAUUUAAGCCUUCAUCUGCAUGGGUAGUCUGAGGUCCCCAGUGAUACUGGUGGAUAUAAAAUGCAGGGUGCAGCUGCCGGAUGCAUGUCUAAAUUUGUGGUGUUAUCACCGCUAUAUCCUAAGCUGAAAUAUUCGCUAAAACUUAGAUCAUAAAUUAUGUUGAAAAUAAAAAAAAAAUCUCUUCUUUAUUUCAGAAAUGUCACUGUUGUAAAUAGUUCUAAGAGAUUUUUGUAACUGGAACACGGAGGUGGGGGGAAGAGUUUCUCAGCUGCUAAGAUUUCUCCCCCACACUCAGCUUACUUAUUUCAGUUAUAGCAACAUGGUGUAUACAGUGGAUUUAGGCUUAGAUUAAAUGGAUCAUAAUUUAAUAAAAAAAUAUAAACACUUAUUUUGGAGCAUACCCAGACUCUGGCUGGCUGGAAAUUUAUCUGCAUUGCCAGUGCUAUUGCUAUGAAUUAUUAAGUGAUAGCAGAGAUUUAACUAGCAGAUUGUUUGAUUCAAUAUUUGAGCAUUUAAAGUCCAGAAAUAGAUGCAGCCAUCUGCAUUAAAACAAACAAACAAACAAGCGAAAAACCACCCAGUAAUUGAAGAGACAGCUGUCAACAGUUGCUUUUAAUAAGGUCACUAAGUACUAUAUAGUACAGUAUUAAUUUAUAGCAGAAAAAUCAUAUCUUAUAAACUGUAUAUAAAACACUGUUUUAUGGUGCAAUCAUUUGUCAUACUUAUGUCUGUUACUUUUGUUUUAAAGUUGUGUGCGUUCUUUUCAUACCUAAGAUCAUCACUGUAAAAUCUGCUGAAGACUAUUUAUAGGUUUUAUUUGCACAAGGUUUUGUUUUAAACUAAAGGAAGUUUGCAUUGAACAUGCCUAAUCAUCUGUAGACUUUUUCAGUUCAUGUAAAGCAAUGUUUCCAUAUGAAUCUUCUCCAAAGGUGAUCCCGUAUUUGUGUUCAGUGUUUACAUAAACUUUCCUGAUUUUGCCAGCCAUUGUAUUUAACUUUUUGAAGGACAGCUCAUUUCAUGUGUCAGCAGGGUUCUAAUUUAGUUGUCUUCAAAAUUCCCCUGAAGGUUUGAGGUCCCAUCAUAAUGGCACACUUUGUCAUUUAUUUGGCUAACAAAAUGUAAGAUCGGAAACUUAAAAUACCUUCAGAAGGAAAACUAGUUAAUUCAUCUGUAUAAAUCUUAUCAUUGAACUCAGAUGAAAUAAUCUCCUGGAAGCUGUUUGUCUCAGACCUGGGGAGGAUCUGCUUCCCUGCACGCACCAGUCUAACCAUUUAACAUAAACAUACUUUUCUGUUGUUAAUCUUGCUGGCAAGUGGUACCAGUUUCCCAAAGACGCUGGUAGUGUGCAGCACCACCUGAGCCUGGUCCUCUGGCUGAACUAAAGCCGCCAGAUCAGGGCCCUCCUAUUGUACCUGUGUUUCAGAGCCGUUGUUUAACCACUUCAGAACACAACUGUAGAUUGCUGUUUGCCCCAACACACACACACAAAAAAAAGAAAAAAAAAAAAAAAAAAAAAGCUAUCCUUUAAAACCUUUGUGAAGGA